UUUAAAUCCCUAAAUCGAGGAGGAUAAAUGCCGAUGGAAGACGUACUCGUUCGCUGAGAGAGGAAGAGAUCGUUUUCGAAGUUCUCGAACCUUCGCCAUUUCAAUCAAGCACGACGAGGACGAGGAGCGAUCCAGGCAUUUCGGCUUGGUAUUUGAGGAUUAUAUUCUUUGAGAACGAAAGGUUGCUUUCUUGUGGGGUAUCUGCAAGAUCAUCUCUUAUGGAAUUUCAUGACCAGCUUUCUUAGCUUCAAGUUCUGUUUGGUAUCUGCAAGAUCUGCUCUUUUUGAAUAUCGAGACUGGCUGUUUCCUUCAGUUUAAAUAGGGCCUGAAUCUCGCCAUUCACUGGUUACAUUGGUGGAAGUUAGAAAUUUGAACAGAACAUGAGUUCUUCGGGUCAAAGCUUAUCUGAUAAUAGUGAACUCGAUGAACAGCAAGGGCAGGCACAAUCUGAAAACCAACAUCAGCCUUAUGCAACUGCAAGCAUGCAAUCUGGUGCGGCGACACCCUUGAUUGGGUACAUGAUGCCCACUGGUCAACUUGAAGCAGGGCAAGCUAUGUCUCCAGCGGCUUACCCAUACAUGGAUCCCUUCUAUGGGGGAAUGUUUGCAGCCUAUGCUGGACAACAUGUGAUCCAUCCACAACUGAUUGGGGUGCAUCAUCCGGGCGUGCCAUUACCAACUGAUGCCGUCGAAGAACCUGUAUAUGUGAAUGCUAAGCAAUAUCAUGGUAUCUUAAGGCGUCGACAGUCUCGAGCAAAAGCAGAGUCAGAAAAUAAAUUGGCUAAAAUUCGUAAGCCUUACCUUCAUGAAUCGCGUCACUUGCAUGCUUUAAGAAGACAAAGAGGAUGCGGAGGUAGAUUUCUUAAUUCCAAGACUGAUGAGGCAAACCACCAGAGCGAGUCCCAGGGAAAUCAACAGAAGGAAGUUGCUUCAGAUAACAAGCCCCAAACAUCCAACCCACCAAUCUCUGAUCACAUUCAAGACCUUGCUAAAGCUGCAGAGUCUGUAAAGACACCAUCCGGAAACGAACCAAAGAAAGCGUCAUAAAAUUCUUGUCGCAAGAGAACUUAUGAACGUGCAAAAGAACAGUGUUUCUGUACAGUGCUUGUGAGGAUUCCAAAUAGCUUAGCUGCAGGUUCAUACAACAGUCUCUAAGUCUUUAGCUGUCGCUGUGUUUCUGGGAGAUUUUUAGCCGUGUUAGGAUUCUCGAUAGAAUUAUGUAAAAGGUUGUACUUUACCAGGUGUUGUUUUAGAGUUCUUUUGUUGCAAAUAUGUUUGAUUAAGGAGUAUCUGACGGUUAUUUCGUGUUCUAUGAAUUCUAACAAUUUGUCUUAGAAACUAAUAGUAGCCUUCUUGUCAAAA